CCCAUGACGCAAAUUAAUUAAUCUCUUCAAAUGCUGUUGCAGCAGAGUUGGUCCUAUUCAGAGAAAGCCGGGUGGAGGACAACAGUUGAUGAGCAAGAAAAGCCACAUUGAAGUCUCUGAUUUAUAAAUAUUAUAUUUACGGGAAGAAAAAUAAGAUUAUGGUUAUAGUGUUUUAAAAAAACCAAAAUGGCACAGAAUAAUAAUACGUUAUUACAUCUCUUCGCGGGGGGAUGUAGCGGCACGGUGGGAGCCAUUGUGACUUGUCCUCUGGAGGUGCUGAAGACCAGGUUGCAGUCUUCAGGCAUCACGCUCCGGCCCAUGUUCCAGGUCCAACUGGGCACGCUCAAUGGUACUGGGGUCAUCAGACCAGGCUCAGGCACCAUUACACCACCUGGCCUGCUUCAGGUCUUACGGUCAAUUCUAGAAAAAGAGGGUUUAAGGUCUCUUUUCCGGGGACUGGGUCCAAAUCUGGUCGGUGUCGCCCCUUCAAGAGCUAUUUAUUUUGCUUCCUACAAGAAGUCGAAAGAGACGUUCAACGGUGUCUUCGUCCCUAACAGCGGAGUGGUGCACAUGUCCUCAGCUGGCUGUGCAGCCUUUGUAACAAACUCCCUCAUGAACCCCGUCUGGAUGGUUAAGACCAGGAUGCAGCUGGAGAAAAAGGCGCGAGGGGAGAAGAGGACGAACGCGCUGCAGUGUGCCCGUUACGUUUACAAGACCGAGGGCAUGAGAGGUUUCUACCGGGGUCUGACGGCGUCCUACGCUGGCAUCUCCGAGACCAUGAUCUGUUUCCUCAUCUACGAGACGCUGAAGAAACGCCUGAACGAAGCGCGCUUCACGUCGCCAAACAGCGAGACGGAAAAAGGGGCGUCGGACUUCCUAGGCCUGAUGAUGGCGGCUGCCUUCGCUAAGGGUUGUGCUUCCUGCAUAGCCUACCCACACGAGGUGAUUCGGACAAGGCUGCGAGAAGAGGGCAGCAAAUAUCAGUACUUCUUCCAGACAGCCCGGUUGGUGGCAGUGGAGGAGGGCUACGCUGCGUUUUACAGAGGACUCAUUCCACAGCUUAUCAGACAGAUCCCCAACACAGCCAUCGUCCUCUCCACCUACGAACUCAUUAUCCACCUGAUGGGAGACUCCUCGCAAUGAUCAAUGACAAUGUUUUUUGGUCGGGCCCAUCGGAUGGAAGGGCAACAUGAUGUAGCUGUACCCCAAGGCACGUUGACUAAGAAAGAGACUAUCGUGCAAUUGCAGAAGAAAGGAAACUUGUUUGUUUUUGUGAACUGUUGGUUUCUCUUGAAGGAAUUUGAAAGCAGGUUUUACUGUUAUCCAAAGGACCUGAAACUUUAAGGCUGCAUCCCAAAUAGAAAACUAUCCCCUAUCCCUAUUUAGGGCACUACUUUUGACCAGAGCCUUAUAGGCUCUAGUCAAAAGUAGUGCACUCUGUAAGGAAUAGGGUGCCAUUUGUUUUAUUAAUAAUGUUUUAUUUUAAUGGAAGCAUGUUAUGUUUAUUAAGGUGUUCCGAAUAAUUUUACGCUCUCAAGAAUUGUACUGACGACAGGACAACUCUAGCCCGAGUCCCAGAUCGGUUUGUGCUGUUAUUACCAACUCCACUGCUGUCAUUUUGAGUUGUAAGUUGGCAAGACGACACAAACAGAUCUGGGAAUCAGGCUAGGACAACUCCAUGUCCCGAGAAGAGCUUUAGUUUCUGUUUUGAAUCAUACGAGGUAAAGAGGUCACCUGAAUAGAGGGACCACUGUUAAGUUCAACUCAAUGAUUUUCUUGUAUUUGUAUGGUUAAAUGCUGUUUCUAUAACGGCUUAUCCAUGUUGAAUGUCCAACGUUCCACCACUUUCUUUGGCUAUAGGCUAUUUCAUUACAGGCUAUUUCAUUACAGGCUAUUUCAUUACAGGCUAUUUCAUUACGGGUUAUUUCAUUUCACACUAAUGAUGGGAAAGAAGGUGGAGGCAUAGCUAGAGUUGUUAUUUGCCAGGCAAAAGCACACACACAUGCACACUCACACGCACACGCACACUCACACACACGCACACACACACAGAGAGAUAUGCACACACACACAGAGACACACACACAGAGACACACACACACACACACACACUCAUGAUAGUUUAUUUAUUCACUACCACACGGUGAAGUUUUGAUUAGAAUUAUCGCUGAGUAACUUAUCAUAUUUUACAUGACAAAUACAGGUUAAUCUGUAUAUUGUGUUUGUUAAAGAACAUGGUCAUCUUUUACAAUAUAACGACAACGAGAAUGCUUAUUUGACCAGUGGCUCAAUAAAAUUGCAUCAAUAAGUGGUUUGGUUCAUUUGUUUUUGAAUGGUGUCAUACUACAGUAACCUGGUAGAAAAAUAUAGACUUGUGGUGUUAUGGAUUUCACUUGGUGGUCUACAGUAAAAGAUGGACUGGAUUUUUUUGGUGUUAUGGAUUUCACUUGGUGGUCUACAGUAAAAGAUGGACUGGAUUUUUUUGGUGUUAUGGAUUUCACUUGGUGGUCUACAGUAAAAGAUGGACUGGAUUUUUUUGGUGUUAUGGAUUUCACUUGGUGGUCUACAGUAAAAGAUGGACUGGAUUUUUUUGGUGUUAUGGAUUUCACUUGGUGGUCUACAGUAAAAGAUGCUGAAUGUCAAUUGGAUUUUCUCACUUCACAACUCCGUACCAAACUACACUUUCAGUCAUCAGUUGAACGGUGUUUUCUCUGACACAUUGGUGCGGCUGGCUUCCUGGUUAAGCGGGCUGGCGAUUAAAAAGCGCAGUUUGGCGGGUCAUGUUUCGCCUCUCCCGAACCCGUUGGGGAGUUGAAGCGAUGAGACGAUCGCUAUUGGAUAUCACGAAAAUAGGGGGAAAAUACAACAACAACA